GUAUACAUGAAAAUAUCCAUUGAAUAAAAUUUUCACAUUAUUGAAAAAAAUGCAAGCAAUAAUGAUUCGUUAUUAUUGAUGCAAUUGCUUUUAUAUUUUAGUACAACCGGCAAAGUGAUAUAAGCCUAACAUGGCUACCGUUAAAGUAACCGAGCAGAAAGUUAUUCUGUGCGGAGAAUACGGUGUUGGAAAGACUUCUAUAUUUAGACGUUUUGCGAACAAUACUUUUAUAGCAAACAACGAUCGAAAAUCGACAUUGGGUCUCGAUAAUAUCGAUAAAGAAUAUGUAGUUGAAGACAGACGAAUACGAUUGCAAUUAUGGGAUACAGGUGGUAUGGAAAGAGUUGCAUCAGUAACAUCAAGCUAUUAUAAAUUUGCAGAAGCUGCUAUAUUAGUUUUUGCAUUAGAUAAUUCAACAUCAUUUCAUCUUUUAUCUCAACAUUUGCUUGAUAUUGUUACAUAUGCUGAAAAUGCAAAGAUAUUUCUCUGUGGAAAUAAGAGUGAUUUAGAAAGUUCAUCUCCACAAGUAACAGAUGCAGAAAUGGAACAAUUUUGUGAACAAUGCCAUAAUUUAAUUUCUGGUAUAUAUAAAACAUCCUGUAAGACUGGAGAAGGAAUACAUGAAAUGUUUGAAGAUAUAGCACAACAUUUAGUAGAAGCUAAUAGAUCACGCAUGGAAUUGCAUGAAAUGGACAAAGAUAGGUUUAAAAUUUCAUACAUUGAUGAAGCUGCUGAUCCAUCAUGUUUAUGCUAAAUAAUGAAUAUUGGCAAAUAUAUGCUUCUGAUGCAACAUUUUUAUAAUAACUUAACACAUUGCAAUAUUUUA